CGGACUGACUCGAGCGCUGAGGCCGCCGACUCUCAAGCUUUAACUUAUUCCAUCCUCCGUCGAACCCAUACUUAUUCUCUAUUCCCACCUAUCUAUUCGCCCUACGUGCGAUACGCCCCGCGGAAACGCUGACUCCCCGCGAUGAGCGUAAGCGUCGUACUCGGAGCGCAAUGGGGCGACGAGGGGAAGGGAAAGCUCGUUGACAUCCUCGCCGCCGACGCCGAUAUCUGCGCCCGUUGCGCAGGCGGGAACAACGCCGGUCAUACCAUCGUCGUGCCCAUCGGCCCGGAGAAGGUCUCCACUCACUUUGCUUUCCAUCUCCUACCAAGUGGGCUGGUCAAUCCAAAUUGUACGGGUGUAAUCGGCAACGGGGUCGUCGUGCAUCUGCCGUCGUUCUUCGAGGAGCUCGAUGCGCUACAGGCUCAAGGACUGGAUUGCACUGGACGGUUAUUUGUCUCCGAUCGCGCACACCUCGUCUUCGACUUUCACCAGAUCGUUGAUGGGUUGAAGGAGGUCGAGCUGGGAGGCAAGAGCAUCGGAACCACCAAGAGGGGCAUCGGUCCGGCCUAUUCCGGCAAGGCAUCGCGCUCCGGUCUGCGUGUGCACCACCUCUUUGACCACGAAAACUUCGCCAUCAAGUUCCGCAAGGUCGUUGAAGGUCGAUUCAAGCGCUAUGGGCACUUCGAGUACGACACGGAGGGCGAGAUCGUUCGCUAUAAGGCCCUCGCCGAGCGGUUACGACCGUACGUUAUCGACAGCGUGACCUACAUCCACCAGGGUCCUCGUCGAAGGGCCAACGCGCUCAUGCUCGACCUCGACUUUGGCACCUACCCGUACGUAACGUCUUCUGCGACCGCCGUCGGCGGCGUGUGCACUGGCCUCGGCAUCCCGCCCAAGAAGAUAGGCACCGUCAUCGGCGUCAUGAAAGCAUACACGACUCGCGUCGGAGGAGGGCCGUUCCCGACCGAACAGCUAAACGAUAUUGGCGUCCACCUGCAAGAAGUCGGCCGCGAGUUUGGCGUGACGACCGGCCGUCGGCGGCGUUGCGGAUGGCUCGACCUAGUCGUCAUGAAGCAUUCCUGCUUGAUCAACGGGUACGAUAGCCUGAACCUGACCAAGCUCGAUAUCCUGGACGACCUUGAGGAGAUCAAGGUGGCCGUCAAGUACAUCGUAGAUGGGAAGGAAAUCGAGGGCUUCCCAGCCGACCUGGAGCUACUCGCGAAGGUCGAAGUCGUGUAUGUGGUCCUGCCGGGCUGGAAGGCGCCGAUCACGUCCGCAACGUCGUACGACGCCCUACCCGAGAACUGCAAGAAGUACGUUGUGUUCAUAGAACAAUUCCUGGGGGUGCCCAUAGAGUGGAUCGGCGUCGGACCUGGGCGGCAGAGCAUGCUGAAGAAAGAAGCCAACAAGUUAGCGUAGAGUACAAAGUAAUUCCCAAGGAAAGGUCUCGCUAUACCGUUGUCUCAUCGUGAACUCGUAUCGACGCAACUCGUGUGGGCAGCGGCACAGGAACUGUCGUCCUUUGCCGCAUCCGACAAGAAUCGUCGCCAUGCGGGUGAGAGAAGACCGGCGCGUUCCACGACUUUACAUGAGUACAGUUACUUCUGCUCACGAUGGUGUACGAACGGGCCGAUGCUCCUUUCGCCCCCACCACUCACGGCUAGGGCGUGGCGGAGCUGGCUCGAC